UGUCACGUUAUCCGCUUGCAACUGGUCACAAAAUAGCUAAAAAUAUCGCCGCCAUAUUGGUAUUGUCAAAAACUUCGGGAUAUAUCGGUGCCGAUGAAAAAAUGGUUUCAAGUCUUUUAAUUACCGAGUUAUCUGUUUUCGAGUGAUCUAAAAGAACCUGCGGUGACUUUAGAUGUUACGUUUGUCGUAUGAGUUGUGUUAUUCGGUUCUUAAAUGAUGUUUUCAAUGGAGAAAUGUUUAGGCCGUAGUGGGAAAGGUGGUAGUGAGGGUGCCGAUUUAUUCGCCGGCGGUGGCGAGGGUUUGGGUAGAGGAGUGCCUUCUGAUGAGGUCGCUUCAGCCGUGGCCGCGGUCUCGGACGAGAUCGGAGACAUCCUGAAGGAUGAGCUGGGUGACGCUGAUCGCGCGGAUCGCAUCGGAGCGGAGCUUGCGGAUUUGAGCGCGGAGCUCGGUCUGCUGGCGGGUUUAGCUGAUGGGGAGCCGCAGCAGGACUUCCCGUCACUCUUCGAAAUAGCCAUGGGCCACCGUGGUUCUCGCAGUGGGUCAUCGUCGUCGUCGUGGUCGGGGGGCCGCGGGGGUCGCCCGAGGCGCAACUCGAGACCCCUGAGGGCACCCAGGCGGCGGCCCAUAGCUAAGGGGAAGGAGAUGUCACGUCGUCGCAGUGCAGCCGCUCGGCGCGCAGUGUGUAUGCGCGUGCGCCGGGUCGAGGUCGUGUCGGACGCGUCGGACGUGGGCGCCGACUCCGACUCAGACGACCAGUGGACCGAGCUGGACGAUCCAUGUUCGUCCGACGCUCCGUCCAUGAAGCCUGCAGCCGUCGACGUGGACUGCAACGGAUAUCAGCACAAAGCUUCGGCGGAGGCCCCAGCAAUGGGCCAGUUCCUUCUGCCGCUGCUGAGCGCUGAGGCUCCGGCUCCGGACCCUGAACACUCCUUCAUCCGACACGAGGACAUACUGCAGCUUCUCGCGUCGACGGAGGAGGGAGUUCACGAAGAGAUACCCGCCGAGGAGGAUCUGCACUCCCCUCUUGAACCACAGACUGACAUGCUAUCUGGCAGCGAGGUGCUAGAGUUUGACGACACAUCGGUGACGGCCGAGGAGGAGGCCGCCCUACUGCACUACGUCUGCGGGAUGGACGCGGAGCGCAGCGAGUCGAGCGCGGAGUGGUCCCCGGUGGCGGAGUGGCUGAUGGGCGUGUUCCACUCGUGGUGCGAGAUCUCCGCGCUCAUGUUCACGCUCAUCGGAACUAACAUGAGCAUGGAGAUGAUGACGGAGGAGUGGGUGUACCGGUCCCGGUUCGGCUGCCACUGCCGGCUCUGCCUGUGCCUGGCCAACAACGCCGACGCCGUCUUCGCCGUCAUACGGGACGUAGUCUGGGCACUCGCGCAUUGCGGUAGCACAGUGGGCGUGGCAGCUCGCGUGGUCCGCGGGCUGGCGGGCGGGCACAGUCCCCCGCCGCGCCCGCCGCCGGGUGCCACACACCCGCCGCACCCCGCGCAGCUCUGGGACAUGCACACGCUGCACCGCGCGCUCACCGCGCCGCAAGGGUCAGCGAUAAUCCACGAGCAGUUGUCGAAGCUGGCGGCGCACAGCGACGUGACGCGCGACAUCGUGCACAACAUAUGUCUCUGUCGCCCAUACGACAAGCCGCUCGACAAGGAGAACGCUGGCGAGAGGUUUUACAAGAUAUUGGAGAACUUCAAGGCAGCUUCUACUAUCACGUUCAAGGUGGAGAUGUGGUCGGGCGGCGGUGCGGGCGGCGUGGCGGCGUGGGUCCGCGCGGCGCGGGCUCGCCUGGCGCGCUCCCUGCGGCCGCAGCACCGCGCCGACACGGCCGACCGACUGCGACACGUGCGGGACCGGACCACGCCCGCGGACCUGUCGGCGUGGGCGGGGUACAAGCACAGCUGCGACUGCCUCACGCCGCGGACGCUCUGUGCCCAGCAGAGGAAACAGUUGCUCAGCGGUCUAUGGGGUCGACCUAGAUUCUGUACUACCAUAAUCUCAUUUUUCGGUACGAUCGAGGGUGCGAUCGAAUUCAACGGGACGGAAAUCGAAACGCGAGCCGACGGUGAUAAGCCUCCGAACGAGCAAGAAUCCGAGACGACGAGUAGAGAGCUACAGCAGGGAGAUGGAACGGGUGCCAAGCCUCCGGAGGAAGGCCCCGACGACAUCGAGAGUAUGGGCAGCGCGGAGAGCCACGCCUCGCACGAUACGGGGGACGAGGCUGAUACUGGAGAUGGGGCGUCGAGUGUGUGCGAGGGCGGCGAGUGCGCGGCGGGCGAGCUGGGCGGCGCGGACCCCGCCGACAAGGACUCCGACUCCAACCCCACCUGCGACCUGGACGACUUAUCAGAAUCGGACGCGAACUCCCUAGGACUAUCAACAUCAUCAUCCUUAGACUCAGCAUCAGAACUGCUCCUGGCUGCAGCAGCUGCAGUCGAAUCCCGAUCCCGGUCGGGCUCGGGAUCCGGAUCUGGGUCCGGGUCCGGUGGCGACGCGGCCCCGGCGCAGCUGUGUAGGACCGUGAGACACUUGAUGCGGUCCAUAGCGUCUAUUGAAAGGUUGAUGGAUCGCGUUUUGAAGCACUGUGACGAUUGGCCCGCACCGCCUACGAGGAAUGAUCAUGAGGCCAGGAAACGCGUGGACAUGGGUCUGUCGGAGGUGGACCGCAAGCUGAUGGCGAUGUACCGCCGGCUGCCCGAAGUGCAUCGCCGGCAGCUGCAGGUCUAUAGGAAACAAAAGAAAUUGUCCACCGUAUGCAUGCAGCUAGUGGGGGGCCUGGCGCCGGCGCCCCCUCCGCCCGGGUCCCCGCCGCCCGCGGCGCCCCCGCAGGCGUGUCGCGCGCUCUGUCCCGAGUACCAUCUGCAGAGGUUCAAAGAGGUCCGUCGUAAAGUAAUGCACAUGCGCGACCAACAACUCUACUACCACAGGCUACGGAUGUGGCUUGAGGAUCAGCUCAGGCAGGAGAGGGAGAGCCUCCCAGAAUCGAACGUCACCCUAAUCGAAGACCUUCCCCGUCGUAAAAGGAGAACAGCGAGCCCAAAAGUCCCGCGCCUCACGACAGGCUCAAAGAGGAAACUCAAGCCAGUCUCACCAUCCAUUAGCAAGCCUCACAAAAUCCUACAAAUGCUUAAACAUAAGGCACCAGCGCAAACCACGCAUUUACUAACAGACAUCAAAACUGAUCAAAAAAUAGAAGUAGACCCACCAGAAGCGUUCCCUCUAGAAAGAGAAGACAAUAUAAGUGAUACGGAAACUAUCGUUGGCGAGAAAGAGACAGUAGAUAUGUGUAAGGAGAUGAAAGAGUGUCUAGCCAAGUUCUCCAAUUUUGGUUUAACGAAUGAUGGUGGUGAGGAGUUUCAAGUUCAAGUUGAGAAUAAGUAUCCGGAGUCUGUCAGUCCACCGUUGCAGGAAAUGUCUCCGACUACUCCUGAACCGAUGCCUGUGUAUUCUUCUAAACCAAAUCAGCGGUUACUAUCAGUCAAUAAGUUCUUGAAGAAAGAUGAGAAGGCAGAUUUCAAUCAACCGAUUUCAACUGAAGUGUUAAAUAUACCUCUGAACGCUCGUAGGACUCCGAUCUUAGUGAAAGAUGAGAAAGAAUCUCUGACUGAGCCGUUAGAUAAUGAGAAAGAUCCUAAUGUUUACAAAUAUGUCUCGUUCGGGCUGGAAAUUAAGAAAGCUAUGGAAGAAUGUCAGAAUAUUAUUAAUUCUUAUAACAGUAUCAAAGAUGGACGCAAAGAAGAUGACAAUCAGCUUUCUCUAGAACAGAUAUGUGAAGUUAUGAUGACACUAGACAAGAAUUCAGCUGAAUUCCUAGACAAAAUUGACACUGAAGAAUCUAUAGACUUGAAUUCAGCUAACACUAAGUUGGUAGAACUUGUCGAAAAUAUGCCUCAAAUACUAGCUAACAUGCCGGAGAUAGCUUCAAAACUAUCGGAGUUUGCGAACGCGUCGUUUGAGUUACCGGAAUUUGCAUCUAUUAUGAGCAAUCUACCCGAAGUUAAUAACGAAGCCCAGUUAACACCGGAGACGUUGAAACAAAUACGUGAGUUAAAGCUAAAUAAAUCUAGGGAUUAUGUUAAAGUAACUAAGAAUACAGCAAAAAGGAAAACACAGCGUAGAAUUAAGAGUAAUUUCGAAUCUAAUGAUGUUAUUGGUACUAUGACUUUUGAGUUAGAUAAUAGAGACAUAGUAGAGCUCUUAAAAGACGAAAAAGAUCUUCAAGCUCUAAUGAAGAAUAAAAAUAAGGAUGAUUUCAAAGAUCUACUCUUCUCAAUCUCCGCUCAAGUUGUCAUUAACAAAGUUUUUGAAUAUCUAAAGCAAAAUAAGAGUCCGAUGUUAGAAAAGUGCAUGGAUGAAGAAAAAGACUUAUUCUCUUUACCAAAAAGCAGUUUGAACUCAGAAAUGUAUUCUAAAGCGUCUACGUUAUUCGAUAAUUCUGUCAAAGAUGCCUUGAGUAUGGAAGAGUUGAGGGACUUAGUCAAAUCAAGGUUUAAUUCGUGGAAACAUUACGUUUCUUCUAAAUUCAAGGGGAUACCAGUUGAAAUACUAGAGAAUGAGAUAGAAGCUAUGCUAGAUAAGUUUUACAGUUACAUUCAAGACUUAGCUGGUAAGAAUUAUGCUCCAGACUUCGAUAGAAUGGCUGCCAAAUUUGAAGAAUUGAGGAAACACCAUGAAACACACAGAGAUUCUGACUCCGAUUCUCGAGAGACGGUCAAACAGAUUCUUCUAACGACGUCUGUAGGCAAUACUAUUGAUAUCCUCAUGAUGAAAUUCCCAAAAUUAAACCAUGAAAAGAAAGAGCUAGUGAAAGGUUUAAAUUUUAAAUAUAUGAGCGUUUUGCGGCGUUGCUGCGAGUCUCAGCCGUUAGCUAACUGGAUUUUGACCGACCCAGAAACAGCUAUUAAUGUGAUACAAGAACUUAUGGAGUUUCAAGUGAAAAAACCGGAGAAUGUUCCAGAUUUUUCUAGUAUGUCGAGUGAUAAGAAAAGGGAUUACUUUAUAGAGAGAUUGCGCGAUGUUAAUAAGCAAUAUCUUGAGACGUUACCUAAGAAAAAUCUGUCGGGAGACGAAUGGCUAGUCAUGUUAUAUAAACUAGAACAGUAUGAAGAGAAAUUAAAAGAGAAUUUCAAUAAAGCGACCCCACAACCGGUUAAGACGACUCAGAACGCCAGCGAGGCGGAAAUCUUGGCAGCUAAAGGUCUAAGCAAGAUCAUAGGUAAAGCUAGUAUACGUGUGGUUAAAAAAACCGAGCAACCACCAAAGAAGAAAGAAGAACCAGUAAAGACUAAUGAGACUGACGAGAAAAAAUGUAAGAAUGACGCGUUAUUAGCAAAAUGCGAAGCUAUUUUAACUUCUAAGGGCGAGAAAUCUUUAUUAGACAGCUUUUACACGAUCAAAUCAUACAUUACUCAAGGCUUACCAGUCCCUGAGACGUAUAAGAAACAUGUCAUAUCAAUCUGCUCUUCAAUCGACGCGAAGCUAUUAGACGAAGAUGUAGAAGAAUUAAAAUCGGAUACGACAGAAGAUAGCAAAGAAAAACCGCCUCUAUCGCCCCAAAAUCAUGAGAAUUUGGCGAAAUAUUCCGCUCAAGCGCUCCGUAAUGCUAAACAGACUUUGAAUGCGGUUGCUUUUAAGAAUAUUAAUAGGAAUGGGCAGAGUAAGUCGGAAAGUGAUGUCUGUGAUACUCCCAAGAGUGAUUGUAAGUGGACAAAUGAUUGUAUGUGUAACUCCUGUAAGGAUACUGAUUCUGUGUGCGUGGGAGAUGCAGUGAAGAACUGCUAUGAUGAUAAGAAAAUAGAGAAAAAGAAAGAGGUUAAGAAGCCCGUCGCUAAGCCGAAGCCUGUGGCCAAAGCGUGUGAGAAUGUCAAUCAUCAGCAGCAUGUUUGUAAAGUGGGUCACGGCGGCGUGUCGUGUGCGGGGGAGGGCACGGACCAGCCCUGCACCUGCUGCUACUGCACCGUCUUCGGACACGCCCCGCCUCUAACUACACCUGUGCCUAGGAAUUUCAAUGAGACGCGCGAGCGACUGCGGUCCAUACUAAACAAGAAGAAACAACAGUGCAAGACUGCUAGCUCUAAUGGGGAACAAGAGCCGGCCGCUAUCAAGCCGACCGGGGUGCAAACCCCGCCGGCCACCACCGAGACCCCGGCGCAACCCAAGCCCACGACCAAACCACCGCCCGUCGCGCCUAAACCACCGGCUCUCCCGAAGUCGCAGCCGCCGACGCUGACUGCGGCGCAGGUGCAGCAGAAGCGGCAGUCCCUGGACCUGCAGCAGCGGCAGCUGGCCGACAAGAUGGCGCGCAUGGCCGUGUCUGACAAACCCGCCGCAGGAGCCGCGGGGGAGAAGGCUAAGAUGCUUCAGCGCUCCGCCCCGGUACAAAUCGACGUGCCGCCCGGCCUGAAGGCUGAAGGCAAGGUCAAUCCCAACGCCAUGGAGCAGAUACGGUUACAGCAACUAAAACAACAACAACAGCAACAAGCCCAAGCGCAAUUCCAGCAGCAACAGUUGCAGCAACAGCAACUGCAACAACAGCAGUUGCAGCAACAGCAGCAACAGAAGAAGCCGGAGCCGAUAUACGACCUGCCAAUACACAACAAGCCCACGCUCACACCGCAACAACAGCAACAGAUACGGCAACAGCAGCAACAGCUCUUACAACAAAAACUCCAGCAACAGCAACAACAACAACAGCAACAGGCGCAGCAGCAACAACAGCAACAAGCGCAGUUGCAGCAGCAACAGCAACAACAGCGGUUGCAGCAGCAGCAGCAACAGCAGCAACAGGCCAGACAGAGCAGGGCGGGGCAGCAGAGGAGCACUGUGUCUCUGUCUAGCAGGGAUACUAGUGUCUUCUCUACUUCCAGUGGAUGUUCUGGUGGGUCAUGCUGGCGCGGCUCCCGUCCGGAAGACACGCGCGACCUGGACGCGCUGCUGCAGUACAUUGAGGGUCCCGCGCGACAUGUCGAUAGGGGCAAGAAGCGCGCCAAGAAGCAACGGCAGAAGGCUAAGAAGCUGGAGUCCCGUCUCCUGGAGGAGCGCGCGGCGGUGGCGGCGGAGCUGGCGCGGGCGCGGCGCGAGCUGGACGCGCUGCACGUCGCGCGCAACGCCGCCAAGCGACGCCUCGACGCCACCAGGGCCACGCUGCAGCAACACAACAAGCCCGGGAAGAAAGGCAAAAAGCAGAAAUUGAACCCGGCGCAGCAAGCGAAGGUGCAGCUCGUGGCUGAACAGCUCGGAGAACUGACCACACUCAUGAAUACUACUUCCAAGGAAAUGCAAGCGGCUGAGAAGCAAGUGUUGGACUUUACCCGGCGACUGCAGAACUGCGAGCGACAACUAGCGGAGUCGAGGGCCGUGCAGGGGAAACCUGAGAGACCUACGCAAUCUCAGCUGGAGCAAGCAGCGUUGCAAGCGAAGCAACAACAGCUGCAACAACAGCAACAGUUGCAGCAACAACUGCAACACCAGCAACACUUGCAACUCAUCGAGCUAGAAAAGCAGAAGCUAGAGAAACAGAAGCAGGCUGCUACUGCUACAUUUAUAAGCGAGGCGGGCGGCGGUAUGGUGUGUGUACGUCGCGCGCCGCCAGAUGGAGCCACCGCCGUGCCCAAGCAUACUGUGCUAACAGUACCGGCCGAGGAGCCGUCUGCCGCGGCGAAGGCAGCUGAAAGUGGUCGCAAGCAGACCUGGGAACAGGCACUAGCUCACAUCAACCAACUCGCUAAGGGCAAGGAUAAGGAAAAGAAGAAGCACAAAGAAAACAAGGAUCAGACGAAACAGCAAGAGAAGUCCAGCAAGGAUGUCAAGGAGCCAGCUAAACCCAACGCCGCGGUACCCGAGCAGCCGCUGUCCAAGAAACAGAGGAAGCUGUUAGCCAAACAACAGGCGGAAGAAGAAGAAAAGAAGAAACAGCAACAGCAAGAACCCAAAGCAAAGAAGACGGCAGAAGUGAAAAAACCCGACCCACCGAAACCCGAACCCGCUAAGACUAAAGCCGAGAAAAAGGCGGAGACUAAGAAGGAGAAGAAAGAAGAGAAAAAGAAGGAGAAAGCGGAGAAGAAUGAGAAAAAAGGAAAGGAGAAUAAACAGGAGAAAGCGCCCCAACCUCAACCUAAGACGAAGCAACCAGCGCAACAACAGCAACAACAAGCGGCAACAAAGAAGGAGAACAAGAAGCAGCAACAACAACAGCAGCAGCAGCAACAACAGCAACAGUUGCAGCAAUUACAGCAACAGAAGACACAAGUUAUCAAUAUAACGCCCGAUACUACUAUUGAAGUUGUUAGUAAGAAGAACCAGUGCAGCAAUGAGUUGGAGAAGCCAGCGUCGUGCAGCAUCAUGGAACAACUCAGCUGUGGAGUACAGGUGGCGGACUUGAAGCUACCUCCAGGAAUCACCCUGACCAGAGUCCAGCCUUCCGACAAGAAGGAACCACCGCCUAUCAAGUCUGUGCCCCUAUGGAAAGCGGGCCAGUUGCCGGCGGCGCCGACGCCGGUGGCCCGGCCGGCGCCCAUCAUCAACGCGGACCCCGCCAACGUCAUGUUCAGCACUGCCCACCCAGAACCGCCAAAGCCAGUUAUAAUAGCCGACCCGCCCCCAGUGCCGGGUAAAUCGAAGAAGGCAAAGAAAAAAGCAAAGAAGGCAGCCGCGGCCGCUGAGGAAAAGCAAGAUGGGACCAAGAUCGUCACCCUUAGGAACCCAAUGUUCCAUCCGAACUUACCACCAGUUCAAAUCACCAAUCAGCCGGCUAAGAAACAGGAGCAGAUUAGAGUACCAGACCCAAUACCAAUGCCACCGAAUGCCUGCCAAGCCACCAUCACUCCUACUUCGAACGGGAUGUUUACCAUCAGGAAUCCUUUAAUGACAAUGAUGCAUCAACAAAGCCUCAUGGGAGUCAGGGCUCCGAGCCCCCAACACCCCAUUUACCCCCAACAAUACAACUAUGUGAACCCCAACACGUACAACCCAAUACAAAAUAACAACUCCCAAUACAUUGAUCCGCCCCGAGCUUCACCGAAGUCAGAUGAUUUCCAAACUCGGAUAAUGAACUUAGCUUCUUUCACACAGAAGAAUGAUGAAGGUUACUCCUUGUUCAAGGCACCGGAUGACCAGCAGCAAAGGAAUUUCCUAACACCGGAGUACUUUGAAAACCAGAGUCCUAAGUCCGUGGUGUCCCCAAACCCUAUAGGAACUCGACCGGAGACGAACAGAGCAUUUGAUUCUGAUAUUUCUCUCUUUGCCAAUCCGAUUCAAAGGCCUGAACCUAUAGGAACGCCUAUGAAGCAGGAAGAUCAGCAAUAUACUGGUUUAUACACCCCGUUUGGUCAAGAAGACCGUAAUGUCUUCAGGAAUGCCCUUUUUAGUGAUAAAAGUGAUGAUUUAGGGUUGAAAAAUGUGGCUAACGGUGAUACGUUGCCCUAUUUUCAGCGUUUAAGGGUUGGAUCGAAGCUGAAUAAUGAAGUAUCUAUACAUCAUGUUACUGAGUCGAAAUUCUAUAAAACGCAGGAGCCGGGCCACCCCCUAGAGUGUGGAGUGGGCGAGGAGUCGUUGUUCAGCAGGCCGGCACACGCCUGGCCAGACCAGCUCUACUCUACACACAAACCUGGAGCGCAAUCAGCCCGAAGUUCACCUACGGGGUCGUCCGUCCAGUCGACCAGCAGUGGUGGCGGGGUGGGUGGGGUCGGCGGGGUCGGCCAGCUGCCCCCCGGCGCCGGCCCGGCCACCCCGCCCGCAGACGACCGACGCUUCGGCCCCAUAGGGGCUAGACAUCCGCAUCCAGAAUCGAGCGUAUUCCUCCCCGACUCCAGCAUAACGAAUCUAUCUUCACUGGAAGUGUCGGAACGGGAAAUCGAAUCGUUCAAGCGCUUUGACUUCUACUUCGAGCCGCCGCAGCAUAAACCGAAAGUUCAACUGGACGUGAGAGACAUCGCUGCAGCUUUGAGACAAAACCACAAGUAAUAAGCCACGCCUCUUUUGGAAAAAUGUAAAAAAUAUAACUUGGUUAUAUUGUGGACAUUGGAGUGUAUUGAGAACUUAAAUUUUGAUUUAAUUCGUAUCGUAAGACUUACUAAAUUAAUAUUUUAGACGCCAACAAAUAUCUGUUGAAUGCAAACCCUCCGCUAGCGCUGGUAAUUUUUACCCGGAGUGGGGGGGGGGGCAAUGCGUUUAAUGUGUUAAUUAUUAUGUUAUCAUUAUAUUACAAAAUUGUCAAUUUUUUUUUCAAAAUUACAUCCAAAUUUAUGUUUAAGUCCCCCUCCAUCCCAAAUCCCCCUAUCUCUUAAAGGUCGGCAAUGCACUAGAAACUCCUCUAGUGAAACAACGCUUGCGUUAUGUAAGUGAGGUUACUGGAGGCCCAAUUAACCCCUCUUCCCAAUCUCCGAUUCCCCAACAACCCUUAAAUUCCUAACCCCCAAAAGGCUGGUAACGCACUUGUAACGCCUCUGGUGUUUCAAGUGUUCAUGGGCGGCGACGAUUGCUUACUAUCAGGUGAUACGUCUGCUCGUCUACCGGCUUAUACCAUAAAAAUAUCCAAAUAAAUGUUUGGUAAUGUUUUUUUUUAAAUAAAUAUUAUUUAAUUAAAGUUCUCAUAUUAUAUACUUCAAUGUUUACAAAUUAAAAGUAUAUUUAACACAUUGAAAUAAAUACAAAUGAAAAUAAGCCAUUUGCAACUUUAUGCCCUAGAAAAUAAAGAAAUAGUAGAUUUUGCUGUCAGUUUUAAGUUUCAUAGCUAAAUACCGCACUCAGAGACAUUUAAUGAUUACUUAAACUAUUCCUUAGUAACGAUUUUGUAUCGUAAAACAAUUGCUAAGGACUGGGUUAGGUAACCAUUAAAUGACUCUCAGUACGACAGUAUAUUAGUGUUUUAUAAUUCUAAACAACCUGUUUUCGCUUGUGAUUUUAAGUUUAUUAGCUAUUUAUGUCCUUAUUAGGACAAAAUAUCACUUUUGUUAUGUCAAUAUUUUGCAAAUUAAUUGACAUUUACUUUGACAAGAUAUAUGGAAACCUACUCAUGUGGUCGCAGUCUCUUUUUGAAAGUCUAACGUCUUAAAUAUCGUGCUAUCGCUGUCAUUUUAUAAAGAAUUGAUAGGGACAGAACUAGUUUUGAGAGCGUCUUAAAAUUGAGUAGCGUUUGAGUAUUCGGGCAUAAAACAUAUUUAAGGUGUUCUAAAAGUAUCUGCCACGGCUUUAAUGGGAGGUAGUGUUGUGUUUGAACAUUACAAUAGUGGAAUAAUUUUGACUACCCGUUUUCUUAAAAGGACAUUUCAUAAAUAACGGUUUCCUUGUCAGUCUUUCGAUUAAGUCACAUGAUUUAUACUAGCCUCUGUCAAUGGUUUCGCUCGCGUUCCUAUGGGAUAAAAAGUACUAAGGUUAAAAGUGUGAUAAAAAUUGACAAAGCGAUAAUUAAAUCGUUUAAUAUGUAAUUUCGACAUGAGAAUUAUAAGUAUAGGACAUGACUAUAUAAAAAAAUCGGACUGAAUUUUAAUAAUAUGUUUAAAAAAAUAUAUCUGUUUUGAAACCAUUAUCUCUACUGUCCACCUUAAAAUUUAACUAUAUGUUUAUUAUAAGGGAAUUCGCACAAAUGAUUGAGUUAAAUUUUACGACAAAAAUAUGUAAAAUUUUAGCUAACUAAAAAUCACGGUUUACUCACGUACAUUAAUGGAGAAAAGCUCUACUAGUUUCGAGUCACAGAGGGACUCUUCAUCAUGAGCAGCGUGCGCAGACGCGGCGACAUCGCGCAGCCUAGUAACGCUUUAGAAGUCCCUCUGUGACUCGAAACUAGUAGAGCUUUUCUCAAUUAAUGUACGUGAGUAAACCGUGAUUUUUUAGUUAAUUUACUAUGUCUUACGAUAGUUAUUAUAAAUAUAUAGGAAUGCUUUCAAAACAGAUAUAGCUUUGACAACUUAUUAUAUAAAGUAUGUAUUGUAAAAUAUAUACUUUAAUAUGUGUGUUCAACAGACAGUUUUGCCUAUGUAUCUGUUGAACAAAAUGUCUUUUUCAAUAUUGACAUAAGAAUUUUUGUAAACUAAUGAGUAUUGAAUUGAUUAGACAAUAUGACUUGCUUGACACGUUAGCUCAACGAUGCGGUGAUUCUAAAAGUCCUGCUUAUUUUUUAUAAGUCCCUGGUGCAUCUCGAAACUAGUCGAGCUUGCUUGAAAUGUUACGAGAGUAAGCUGUAGUGUCUAAUUGAUUUAGUUGUAUGUAAUGAAAUGACGAAGAUUUUUAAUCUAUGUAUGGUCGAGUAGUCAGUUCGAUUACCGAUCGAGAACAUAUAUGGGGUAUUUAUUACUCUAUGUUAAAACAUCCAAUUAUAUUUGGAUUUGAUAUCGACAAAAAAGAAUUAUGAGUUAAUUAUUAUGUUGUCGGCUUACACACGUAUUUGUUUGACGAGGAACUCGACUAGUUUCAAGCCAUGCAAUAUUAGCAGCGCGACAAUCGCCGCGUCGUGUGUCGCGGAAUGCUGCUCAUGAAUAUGAGCCUCUAGCAUGGCUUGAAACUAGUCGAGUUCCUCGUCAAACAAAUACGUGAGUAAGCCGAUAACAUAAUAAUUAAUUUAGUAUGUCUCACGAAAGUUACAAUAAAAGAAUUAUGAAGUAGAUUACCAAAAAAAAAAAAAAGAAUUUUAAGCUAAUUAUUAUAAAAUAAGUAGAAACAUUCUUAUGUGACAGUUUUUUAUAUAAUAAUAAAUAAUAAAGGUAUAAAGUUAAAAUAUAAUAAUACAUAAAAAUAGAAUUGUUUUAGUGAUUUCAAGUACCCGAUAAUAUAAGAAAUAGGUACUUAUAAUAAAAGGAUGGAUUUGUGUGUCCGUCUCACUAGUAGACCUAUUAUAGAUAGAUAGAUUGAAGAUUUACUUCAUGAUUCUUUAUCUUAUAGACGCUUUUAAAUUAUUAUAAUGCCUGUUAUACUAAAAAAAUACUGCCUCGUUGGUCGAGUGUUCGCAAGUGCGACUGCCGGACAAGGGGUCUCGGGGUCGGGCAAAGUAUUACUGGGGUGUUUUCGCUUUUUCGAAAAUUUCUCAGUAGUAGCACGGAGUCUGGAAUUGUGUCCAGUAUAUGGCAAUAGGCUCACCCUCUAUUACAUGGAACUUAUAACGCAAAUGGUGAAAUGUGGGUGUACAUUGUAUAGCGGCAUUCGUGCCGUAAAGUGCACCUCUGCCUACCGCUUCGGGGAUUGAAUUGAAUCGCUAUGUAUUAAAAGCCGUAUUGAAAUCCGUUGCGUAGUUUCUAAGAUCUAACAUUGAGACAGACAGUUGAAAGCGACUUUUGUUACAUAGGUUUUUUUAGGGAAUUUAUGUGUUUUUUCAUAUGUUAAAUUUUGUUACGACUGAAUUCGUUAUAAUGUUGAAGCAUUACUUAUAUCAGUCGGUAUUACGAAUAUAUACACGAAGAGAAAAGCCUUGACUUGUAUUAAAAUUUAAGACAUUAAGAUAUUUUCAAAUUUUGACGAAAAUUGGACUCAAAUUCACUGCGUCUGUAUUUACAACAUGAUUGGUGAAAUGUCGCUAUUGCAUUGUAUGUCUUGAUAACAUUUUAAUGUUUACUUAAACUAUUCCUUAGUAACGAUUUUGUUCCGUAAAACAAUUGCUUAGGACUGGGUUAAGUAACCAUUAAAUGAGUCAGCGGUUAGUACUACAGGCAUUAUAUUAAUAUUUAAAGCGUUUAUAUUGAAAGUAAAAACCUGGCAGUAUAUAUGCCACUCCAUAAUUAGUCCCCUGAGUGGCCCAUUCGGUUGUAUGAUGUAUAACAUAAGAGAAAAUACAUUAUCAUAGAUGAA